CCCCCAGUCUGUGGCUUAGCGUCGAGGCGGCCGCACGCUCGCGUUCGUCCGCUCCGCUCUUAAACCGCGAGUGUUCCAACCAAUUCGAAUUUCAAAAUAUCGAAGUGCCAUCUUUGUUUUUGUUUUUUUUUUCUGUGUGCAGUGCCAGGAUUUGAAUCAAACAGAAAUAAUCAGAUCCUCAUCCGGUGCGGUGAUCCCUGUAAGUACCCGCACAUUAAACUUAACGAGAUCUCGCAUGAAACCUGAAAGCUAGUACCGGACCAGCCCAUUCAAGAUGAGGCCUACGUCGCGGUGCGUGGCGCUGAUAGCGCUCAUCGUCGCCGCCAACGCUCAGUCAGUUGAAGAAUUGAAGGGCGAAUCAGUAGAAAGUGCCAGCACAUCCACUGGCAGUUCACAAGAAGAGGAACCCAAAGAGGCCUGGAUGCGGGCCCCGUCUGGCGGCGUCGCGGUCCGGAGCGGAGAAGAUGCCUUACUGACUUGUGUAGUACUGGGUGCCAAGGGCAAGCCGGUACUUUGGAGGAGAGCGAGUGACCGCCAACUGUUGACCGCUGGCGGGGUUAGAGUUACUAGAGACGACAGAGUCCGCGUGUUACAUGAUGACUCUGAAGAGCCAUUACAAGGCCCCGGUAUCGCCAAAGGUGGCGACGUGUGGGCGCUAGUCAUCAAGUCGGUGAAGGCGUCCGACGCGGGCUUAUACAUGUGCGAGCUAAACACAGAGCCGCCAGUCAGAAGCUUCCACAGAUUAACAGUGAUAUCAAGAGGCCUAACUCCGCCGGAGAAUACCAACGUGACAGACAGUUACUCUUCUAAUUUGCCAACGUUGUCACCGUUGGCUUUGGCACACAACUACACGGAUUGUUGCAUUGCUGCCAACGUGACCAAGGCGUGUCUGGGUUUCUGCAGCAUUCAGACCAUCUUGGAAGGCACUGGACAAGACCCGGAGACGUGCCAGCCUGAUUUCCCUUCUAUUGUUAAAUGCAUGGCCGACGGCCGCAACCACGUGCCGUGCUGCGUGCAGGAGCGCGUGCCCGACAUCUGCCAGGACGUGUGCCGCGGCGAGUUUACCCCGGUGACCGACAAUAUAAAGACACAUUACAGCUGUGCAGCGUACAUGGAAAAGACUUUGGCGUGCAUUGUUGAGGGAAUUGAACUCCUCCCAAGCCCGCCAGAAGACGUUGAAGUGGAAACCCUCAACGAGAAACAACUGAACGUCUCCUGGAACCCACCACUCGAGAACACAGACACCGUGACAGAAUACAUCGUCAACGUCACCGCUCUGCGCUCCUUCGAUGCCCAUCUAAUCGAUCCCUCAGAGAGCUCGAUAAAGAAUGUGAGCGUGAAGAUGAGUCAACCUGUGACGCACAGGAUACCGGCUAAUAAGACGUUUUUGGUGCUAAACGAUUUGCUGCCGUUCACGAUGUAUGAGAUUACGGUCACGUCGUAUAACGUGCAUGGAUCGAGUUUGCCCAGUUAUGCUAUAAGGUCACUAACCCUGACUCCCGGCAAGAUGAAGACCACGAAGGUGUCCCCCGCGCCCAAACUGCCCGACGUUCGUUCGUGCUGCGUCAACGCUGGCGUCAACCAUUUCGGCUGCGUGGACAAACUGUGCGAUCCUACCAAGACUUUUGAGAUCGGGCUGCAGGUCACAGACCUGAUGAUCUGCGCGCCAUGGGCUGGGACUACGUUUGGGUGUCUGGUGAAUGGGAUGGAUCAUUCUCCGUGCUGCCGGGCGAGAGGCUUGCCAGAAUCCUGUCUUCCACUCUGCAGUGGAAACGUGACGAACCUCGACUUUAACCAUUUCAAGUGUCUCCGCUACAUGUCUUCGUACACCAACUGCCUCCUGCAGGGAUACGGCGUGCUACCCGGCCCCCCCACCCGCCUGCACCUCACCAACAUCGACACGGACUAUGCUGUGGUGCACUGGUCCCAGCCCGCGGCGCUGCCCGACACCGUGCAGUAUUACAACCUGCAUUAUAAGGCGGUGGCGGCGGGAGAUGAUUAUAGGGUACUAGAGAAGAUCCACUCACCGUUCAUCCUGGAGGACCUAGAAUCCAACUCCGACUACGAGAUCUACGUAGAAGCUGUCAAUGAGCACGGUGUGGGCGAUGCGUCCCCGCGACUCAUAUUCAGGACUCAGAGUCAGGCCGUCGAAGAAGAAGAGGAACAAUCCAUCUAUUACAACGUAACUGCGUGCUGCGAGCGCGUAGCUGUGGCCGGCGUGUGCAUGCCGCUCUGCUCCUACGACGCCAAGAUGUCCGACCUGAGAGCACUCGCGCCACUCUGUGCGCAGGAGUUCCAUAAACUACUACGGUGUGGGGCUGGAGGUCGCAACCACGAAUCCUGCUGUGCGCGGCGCGGCGUGCCCGCCAACUGCCGCGGCGUCUGUGCCGGUGCUUACACCGGAGGCAUCAACACCUGCGUGCCUUAUAUAGGGAACAUCGUGCAGUGCUUCGAAGAAGGUACUGGCCUCCUCCCCGGCCCCCCGCGCGAGGUGCACGCGAUCGUGACAACAACUGGCGACAAGGCGACAGGGUUCUUGGACUGGUCUGCGCCUGAAGACGGCGCCAACGCGACAUCCUAUGUCGUCCACUGGCAACGCGUUGGAAAUAAUUCGCAACCGUACUACUAUAAUACGCUGCAGUUGGACAAUCAAAUCAACACAACAGACAGCAUGGCCAACAUAGAAAACCUCGAAGUGAACGCGACGUACCACGUAUUCGUAGUGGCCGUGAACGAACACGGAACAUCCCUUCCCAGCAGUAUGCUCCUGAUCAACAUCACAUCUAACACACAGGAACAAAGUGUGUCCGGCAUCCCGUCGCCCCCGCACUCAUUAUCAGUGUCGUCACACUCGGCAACCUGGUUGACGCUCACGUGGCAACCGCCGCAGUUCUCGCAUCCCGAUGAAAAGAUCUCCUACACACUGUACUUCAAGUCCCCAACGCAACUAGGCCAAGGCAACGUGACAAUGAUCAACACAACUGUGCCUGGUCAUACCCUGGAGAAACUCACCCCGAACACACAAUACGUGUGCUGGGUGAAAGCUCACGCCGCCGCUGGGGACUCACUGCCUUCGGAGACACUUCUGGCUUGGACUGACCCGGCUUAUCCAGCAUAUGUCGAGCCCCCGACUGUGAACCCCGUGAACCUGGUGGUGGAAGGCUCCAGCAUGACCAUCCUCUGCAUUGCCAUGGGAACACCUACGCCUACCAUCUCGCUGUACAUUUCUGGUCACCUGAUCCGCCAAGUGGAGACCAGGCACAUGGUCACAGUAAUACACAACGUCACUCGCGACAUGGACCAGAUCUCGUGCUAUGCUGAUAACGGCUAUGGCACACCUAUGCAGGCUUCAAGGAAGAUCAAUAUUUCACACGUACCAACCAUCCAAGCAUCUGGCAUCACAAUGGCCGCGGCCGGUGACUCCGUGAUUCUGGAAUGCCGGGUCGAGGCCCUGCCGAAGCCGACUAUUGCUUUCUGGAGAGAUCCCAACGGCCGCACGCCGGUUAUCGAUGGACCUAACUAUACCAUACAGCUGCUGUCGGAUCCUGAGGAACAAACAAAAUACACGAUGCGGCUAAUAAUAAAGAAGAUAGCGGACACGGACGAGGGUGACUACUUCUGUCACGCCGAGAACGCGUUUGGGAAGACCCUGCGACCGGUCUCAGUGCGACUGAGGCCCACCACGCCACAUCAUAACGUUACGGAGUGCUGUACUCAGAUGAACGUAUCAUCGGCGUGUAUCGACGCGUGCAGUUUCCACCUUGAUAUGGAUAACAUUAUGGACCGUCCAGAAUGCAUGAAUGACUUCGACAAGCUCAUGAAGUGCGCGGCUGACGGAUCAGAUCACCGCAGCUGCUGCGCGUCCUGGGGCGUCCCUCGUAACUGUCUAGAACUAUGCCGCGGGGGCACCGUCGCACGUUCAUGUGCGCUCCAGCACGCGCGUCGCGCGUUAGCGUGCUUCCGCGACUCCGGCGCAAGGCUGCCUGGCCCGCCGCGCAGCUUGAAGGCGCACGCCGCGCCUACACCACACGCUGUACUCCUAAGCUGGGAGCCACCAGCGAAGAAUCCUCAGACAGUCUACCUGUACCGCGUGUUCUGGCGCGCGUACGGCGCCAAAGUGCCAGAGAAGCUUGACACCAGCGAGACUAGCGUUGUGCUCACAGGACUGCAGGACGAUGUUCGAUACGAGUGUGUCGUCAAAGCUGCAAAUGAGGCUGGCACCUCAUCCCUCAGCCAGUCCAUAAUGUUCACUACGGCGGGCCAGGAGACGGGCGCGGCGGCCGCGCCGGUGGCCGCGGGCGGCGCGGCCACCGCCGUCGGUGUGGCUGUCGCCUGCUUGCUUGUGGCGGCCAUAUUGGCUGCCGCUGCCCUGUAUUAUAGACAUAGGAAGAAUCUUAGGCUAAAGGCCCAGGGUGGCGUUGCGUUCGAAAAUCCGAGCUACCUCAGGGAACCAGCGCCGAUUCCUGACACCACCAUUAUCAACGGCUCAGUACCAAACGGGAACGCCAAUGGCGGAAACGGCGUUGUUAACGGCAACGGGGUUUCAAUGAGCACGGCGUGGCGGCAAGAGACACUGCAGAACCCAAGCACCGCCACACAGCGGGAGGUCGAUCCCACGCUGUAUGAGGAGCUGAAGUUAGGUCAAGACGGCGCGGGCUUCAAGCGCCUGAAGCCAUAGCCGGCGGCGCGCGGGGCAUCUCCGCUGCGCUCCCCGCGGCUCUCCGCGCGGGUCGCGCCGCGGUACUAGCUCCGCGACCCGCACGCGACCGGGACAUGUGUCCAGAUAAAUACAACUGUGUAACUAAAAUACCAACGGUAUAUACGGCGAGGCGUGCACGCCUUAAGAUCUCAUGUACUUGAGAAAUUUGAACGAUGGCUCUCGUGGCCGACUGGUCUCCUGCUGCUGAAGAUGCCACACUGUGGGAUGAUGCCCUUCUUGUGGUUGGUCAUAAGAAUUUUCUGAUUUUCGAUGAUAACUUUUUACUUCCCUAAGGAAAAUAUAUGAAAUCUUGUAAGAAUCUUGGGAAUCUGUUCAGGAGUCUAGCCAAGAUGACAAUGGUCCGCUGAGAAACGAAACGCUGUCUGUCUCUUUCGUUUCGCGCUUCGUUUCAUUUUCUGCAAAUUUUAAAUUAAAUUAACACUGAAAAGCAGAAAAUUCUCAUGUCCAACCACAAGUAUGGCGUCGUUCUACAGUGUGCUGAUUGAAGAAGACCUCUGUCUUCGUUUCUUAAGUAUUUGACAUCUAUUUUCAAUUUUAUAUCAAUAGGAAAGCUUCGUAGAGUGAGGCGCUCCGUAGUCCAAAAGUCAUAUUUUACGAGUAUGCAGUCCGAAAGUCACCUGUGUGGUUUUAUUAAACGCAAAUUACAUAAGAAAAGUUAUACUUUUCUAAUAUAACAUACGAUCAUUGGACGAGGUGACUAUCGAGAGAAAAGAACGGACGUGUUUGAUUAAAGAACUACGGGCGACGGACUUGUAAUGUUGUCGUCUCGCUCGCUCACAUACACUUAACGCUGCAACCAUUUUAACCUUAGAUUUACGUUUUGAUUCCACCAAAUAUUAAUAUUUAGAAGGUUGUGAAUCUGAGAGGAGCCAGCGAGCGACCCAAAUAUAAUAUAUAAAGAUUUUAAACAUAGUUUGUGAAUGAAUCUCAAUAACUAUAGAAGUAAUGAUGGAUCUAAUUGUAUAUAUCUUUACAUAUAUAAAGAGAGACGAAUUAAAUAUGUACAGUAGUAAUAUUUUAAUACAAUAUGGAGUUGGAAAAAAACCUUAAAAAAACGUUACCAAGGCGGUGUAGAUAAUAAAAAGUAAUUUUAAUCUUAAGUCAUAUUUGUGGUAUACUUGAUGUGAUUUAAACCAAAAAGCAAGUAACUUCAAAACGACGAUUGUAAAUAUCCCUGACAAUGUUUACUAAAAAAACAUUGAAUAUAAAUUUAGUAUAAAAAAACCACGGAACAAGAAAUACUAGUGUAUACACUCAUGAAAUAGAAAUACCAUCGUGUUGCUACGGGCUAUAUGAAACUCGUCAGUUUAUUUCGAGUGAUUUUAUCUCGCAAAAUGAUUUUAUGUUUUAAGGGUACAAUCGGAAAAUUAGGUUUAAAACACCUUAACUUUGGACAUUUCCAAAGCAGACAUGUGACCCUAAUUUCUAUGUAAGUAUAUUUCUACUACUAUACUAUGGAAUGUCUUUUCCUUAUACCUAGUAUUUAUUGUUACAAAAGUAUUUUAAUAAACUUGAUUAGACCACGUAGCUUGAGUUGGAGUAAAGUUUAAUGAAAAUAGAUCACUUUAUAAAAAAAUGUGCCUUCAAACAAUUUAUAAAGUAGUGUUAAUAUAGACGACCGAAAUGUGUGCUAUACUGGAUACUUAAAUCAAAGUAAUUUUGGACAUAAAUAAUUUAUUUUUAUUUAAGUAAAGAACAAGUUUAAAAAAAACAGUCCUCUACUAAUUGUACGGUUAAACCAUGAACGCAUAAAAAGUGUAUCUUUUUUAAACAGUUUUUCCAACGUAGCAUACAGAUUUCAUGCAGCUAGUUAGGGCAGAUAAUUUAAUUUAAAAGUCUUUUUAAUUCUAUAAUACGGUAUAUAGUAAUUAAAUACAGACACUAUGAACAAUAUGAAUAUCCAGUAUAGUAAAGCAAUCGAGUUUUAGAGAUAGUUGACCUUUUCGGCCUCUGAUUUUUGUACCUAUCCUAUUGUAAAUAAAAGUCAUUUUCAAAAUUUUAUACAGUUUCCUUGUAUCUAUACGGUUAUUCACACAGAGGCAUAAGAAUAUUUGAAGGGCUUAAAAAGUAAAAUCUGUUGUAGUUAGGUGAUAGAACAAACGGUACCUACACUACUUGUUGGUUUCAAAACAGCAUAUCAAUUGUAAGGCCUAUUUUUUAAUCUCCUGCGGAAGUUUUACUAAUUAUAACCGUGUUUUAUUUCAAGUUUAUCAAGAAAAUAUAUAUGAUUUUUUAAUUUAUUAAUUUAUUUUUAUUUUUAAUAUUUUAAUAUGUAUGACAGUUUUUGUUUAAAUACACGCUAAUUACAUAAUUAUUAUUUAAUUAUAAUAACAAUGUGGCAUCUAUAGUUGUGUUAGAUUAUUGUUUGUCAUUUGUUACGUGUAAUUAUGUUUAUUCUCAAGAUAUGAACGUAUUUUGUUACUUUAUAAAUAUUUGUUGCUUUAUAUCUCUGUUUUUAUGCAUUUUUCUUUUAAAAUGUACUUUCUGCUCAGUAUAUAUAGUAUGGUAUAUAUUGACAUAUGUUUGCUCUGGCGCAGCAAUGUGAUUACGAGUAUAUAGAACACCUUAUUCUAAUAAUUUUAGACGAAGACGGAUGUGACUAGAUUUGUAAAUAUCAAAUAAAAAAGCCAAAUAUAAA